AUGACAGAAGUUGUGUUUUUGGGGCAUGUGAUUAACAAGGAUGGUGUGUCUGUUGACCAGCAGAAGAUAGAGGCUAUUGUGAAUUUGCCUACCCCUACUAACGUUACAGAAGCACACAGUUUUAUGGUUUUAGCAGGUUACUACCGAAGAUUUGUUAAAGAUUUCUCCAAGAUUGCGGUGCCACUUACCCAGUUCACUCAAAAGGGUGUUCCAUUAGAGUGGACAGAACAGAGGGGGUCCACCUUUCAAGAAUUGAAGAUUAAGAGAGUGAUUACGUAUACAUCUCAACAAUUGAAGCCACAUGAGAAGAAUUACCCUACACAUGAUUUGGAAUCAGCUGCAGUGGAGUUUGCAUUGAAAAUAUGGUAA